AUGGCUCGAUACCGUGGACCCCGCGUGAAAAUUGUACGUCGUCUUGGAGAAUUACCAGGAUUAACAACAAAAAUUCCAAACCGUAACUACCCAGCGGGACAACAUGGACCGUCAUCUGGAAUGACGAAAAUGUCGCAAUACCGUGUACGUUUACAAGAAAAACAAAAAUUACGUUAUAACUACGGGGUAAGUGAAAAACAGUUACUCAGUUAUGUCCGACGUGCACGACGCAUGAAAGGACCAACUGGAGAGUUAUUACUCCAAAUGCUUGAAAUGCGUCUUGAUGCUGUUGUGUAUCGACUUGGUUUUGCACCAACAAUUCGUGCAGCACGUCAAUAUGUAUCACACGGUUUAGUAACAGUAAAUGGACAAGCUGUAACAAUCCCAAGUUACCAAUGUUCGGUUGGGGAAGUUAUUAAAAGUAACUCCGCUCCAAUCGUAGAGCAUGCAAAAACAUUUGGUGGUGUAGUUCCUUCACACCUUUCUGUUGAUAAAAAUAAUGCAACAGGAAAAGUAGAACGUAAUGUAACACGUUCACAAAUUGGAUUGACCGUUAACGAAUUAUUAAUUAUUGAGUUUUACUCACGUAAGUAA